AUGGUGAGGCCGGUGCAGGCGGACAGUUCUAGCCCGCCGCUGCUGAGGAGCACAGGAGCCGCGUCAUUUGAGGACGAUGGCAUGGGCGGUCGGAGGAGGAAGAAGGGGCUAAAGGAGAAGAUCAAGGAGAAGCUCCCCGGCGGCCACAAGGACAGCCAGCAGAACCAGGCGGCAGCGACGGGUGGAGCCUAG